AUGGAAACAAGACGCAUUACGAGCACGGGGCCGAGGCAUACGGGUACUACAAGUGUCUCUUGUACCGAGAACGGAGUCGUGCUUGCUGCUAAAUGGGCUCCACCGCCUGGCCCCACCAUCCCGAACCCUGAGACAUUCCUACGAGUAUUUGGCACAGCUGAUGAUUUCCUGGCAAAUGGCAACACAUUGUUCGUCGAGGUGGGCAAGCGUGAUCAGCACAGAAAGCAGGAGAGCGUAGCAAAUCACACUCUCGGGCAAAGAGGUUGCAAGACUGCAGCUGAGCACAUGCAGCGCUACUACUUGCUGCCGAAGAAGCCCAAACUCAUCAAUGUCCAUGUACAUGGUACCAUGACACUACCUAGGUAG